UUUGAGCUUCAGAGCGCGAGCAGAAGCAGCAGCGCGUGAUCAUCAGCUCAGAUCCAGCAGUGUCUCAAAGACUCUCUCAGCUUCAGCAUGGGCAACUUCAUCACCUCCCUCCUCUCCAGACUGAUAGAGAAAAAGCAGAUGCGCCUCCUGAUGGUCGGUCUGGAUGCAGCAGGGAAAACCACCAUCCUCUACAAACUUAAACUAGGGGAAGUCGUCACUACAAUCCCCACUCUUGGUUUUAAUGUGGAGACGGUCGAGUACAAGAACAUCUCCUUCACCGUGUGGGACGUGGGCGGCCAAGAUAUCAUCAGACGCCUCUGGAGGCACUACUAUCACAACACUAGCGGCCUGAUCUUUGUGUUGGACAGUAACGAUCCCGAGCGAAUCGAACAAGCCUCUACAGAGCUAAACACAAUGCUUCAGGAAGAUGAGCUGAGGGACGCUGUCGUGUUGGUUCUGGCAAACAAACAGGAUUUACCCAAUUCUAUGUCAGUCCAGGAGAUAACAGAGAAGCUGGGGUUGCAUAGGCUAAAAGGAAAAACUUGGAAUAUCCAGCCGACCUGUGCAAUCAACGGAACGGGCAUAUAUGAAGGACUGGACUGGCUAUCAGAUAAACUCUCCAAAAAAUAAGACCAUAUAGGUCUUUAUAGGCACUUUGUUAAUCAUACUGUAUACUGCACUUUAUAUAUACAUACAAACACACUUGAUUUUAAGUUAUAUUUUAUGAUAAAUGUUUUGGAAUUGUCUUCAUGUGCACCAUUUCUUUCAAGCUUUUGUAUUUUAAAUAUAUAUAUAUUUUUUUUAUGCAUUGUCUGUGUGUCUUACCUUCAUUAAUGUAAAAUAUUCAGCACUAUGCUGUUUAAUAAUGCCUUAAUAAAUAGUUCUGAAUGUAUGUUUAAUGUAUUUCUCUUGUGAUUGCCAAAAAAUAAACGAUGUAUAAUUU